GAGUCCAGCGUGAGAAGAUGCACGAAAAUUUAUUCGCCCAAAAACUCGCCGACAAUGACAAGAAAAAUAGAGAUAGAGCUAUUAAGACGCUUAGGAAAUAUUUUUCUGCGAGAUCUACCGUGAAAAGAAGGGGUUUCACUCAUGAUGAGAUGAUGAAAAUAUGGAAAGGUCUAUUCUACUGCAUGUAUAUGGCAGACAAACCACUCAUUCAGGAGGACCUGGCCGAAAGUAUAAGUGCUUUGAUACACAGGUUUGGAAACGUAGAGGACCGCCAUAAUUUUGCAAAGUGUGCAUUCCUAACACUGGCCCGUGAAUGGAAUAACAUUGACAUAUUCCGUAUGGAUAAAUUUAUGAUGUUUGUAAGACGAAUCCUGAGACAAAUAUUGGUGCAACUUAGUUUAUGCAACUGGAAUAUAAACCGUGUCUCAGAGAUUGCAAAUAUCAUUGGGACAACAGUUCUUGUGCCAGAUGACCAUAAACACAUCACACCUUUAGGGUUGAAAUUGCAUCUAUCAGACAUCAUUUUGGAGGAGCUGGCCAAAAUAGGCCGUGAAGAUAUAAAAAAUAAGGCUUUGCUUGAAAUUUUAAAACCUUUUUUAAAGGUCUUAGCCUUGACAAAGGAUAAGCGUUACUUUGAGAGAGUGUCAGAAAGAAUUAUCCGCCAGCUUAUGCGUCAGAGUGAUGAAGGAAUAGAAUAUGAAGCAAGUGAUGAUGAAGAUGCUGAUGAGGAUAGUGAAACAGGGUAUGAAAGUGACCUGGCAGAGAAGGAGAAUGACAAAGAACAGAAAGAAGAUGAGGUCCAGAUUGAAGAGGAGCCAGAGGAGGAUGAGGAUGAGGAUGAAGUGCUCGACCCGAGGGCUGGGGACGUGGAUGUGCUUCUGCCACAGCUCCACGUUGACUAUGAAAGCUUAGCUGAUGCCAUCCAGAGCGUGGCAAGUGUCCCGAACAUUAGUGCAAGCAACCGUGACAAAAUGUACAAAUUGGUGAAUGAGCUUCGGGACUUGGCUCAGGGCUUUUAUCCUUUGGCUGAGGAUUUCCCUGUGGUUGACAAAAACAGUGACAUCGAUGACAUCUCUGAACAUCAGAUUGAUGCAGCUGUGGAAAGGAUGAGGACUUAUGAUGGGGAUGGUCAUGACCCAUUAUUUGACAAAAAAGAAGCUAGAUUAAACCGUUUAAAGGAACGAAGACAAAAGAUAAGGAAGUUGAAGAGACAAGCAGAAAAGAAGAGAAAAAAAAUUCUUAAGAAAAAGCUAAACAGCACAUGGAAGGAAAGGAAAAUAAAAAGCAUCUGGACAAUAAUCGCAUUAUGCUUGAAGCCAGGAAGCAGCAGAUCAUUGAAAAGAAGCAGACAGAAUAACUCCAAGCUUGUGGCUGUUGCUCCUCUGGUCCCAAACAUAACCGCUGAACCAGAACUGAAUGGGAUUUCAAGACCAAAGAAGAAUGAGCUGCAAGAACCUACAAAAGCCAAGGUACAACAUUUAGGGAAACUGAAUGGGAAGGGCAAGGCAGUAUCACAAGUAAAAGCACCCAUGCAAAAUGGUGCAGUUUCCGUCAAAGCUACAGGAACUUUGAAGGCAGAUAAAGGGAAAGAAGAAGGGGAGAAAGGAGAAGAGCAAAUACCCACAUCGAAUACCUCAGAUAAUGGGAAAAAGAAGGGCUCUUCAAUGAAGUCUGCAAAAAAGGCAAAGAAUUCGGCAUGGGAUGAACCUUUGAAAGAGGGAGAAGUCGAAGUCUUCAUCAAAAGCCGAAAGGAAAUUGCCAAAACAAAGAAAAACAAAAGUAAGAUGAUCAGGCUUGGGGGUCUAGAGAGCCCUCACAACUUUGGUGAAAAGAGCAUCAAAAUCAACUUGAGGCACAACCAGGAGCACGAGUACAGUGAUUAUGCCCGCACCUUAAAGGACAGCCCUAAUAUACCCUACAACGCCAACAAGUUACCCAAAGCUCCUGUCCUGAAGCCUUCCCCCUCGCCCAUUCUCAUCAAGAAAUCUGCUGCCAAGACACUGAAAUCCAUUGCCUCAUUGACAACUCCCACGAAAAGGCAAAAAGCACAAGACUUUUUCUAGCCAAGUGAAAAUUGAGAUUGAUUAGGCAUGACAUAAAGUCAGCAGAAUGUUGUUUUUUCUAUUUCAUUAUAGAAUUAC